AUGACAGAUGUUACAGAAGCUGUUAUUACUAUUCAGUCAUCAAAACGAGGCUGGGAAGAUUUUGUAGCUGGAAGUUUUGCUGGUAUGGCACAAGUUUCUGUUGGACAACCUCUGGAUACUAUAAAAACACGAUUACAAAUAGAAACCACAAGAUUCAAAGGUCCUAUGGACUGCUUUUUACAAACUGUUAAGAAAGAGGGACCUUUCGCUCUUUAUAAAGGAAUGGCUAGUCCUUUAAUUGGAAUUGGAGCGGUAAAUGCAUUACUUUUUGCAGCUUACUCGCGUUUAAAAGCAAUUCAGGCUGUUUCGCCAGAUGAACAACUGGCACUUCACAAAAUUGCAAUUGCUGGUGCAGGUGCAGGAGUGUUUAAUAGUAUUCUUUCAUCACCCGUCGAAUUAUUAAAGGUUAAAAUGCAAGCGCAAUAUGGAUCAACCGAAGUAUCACGGUAUAAAGGACCAAUUGAUUGUGCGCAACAAUUAAUUAAAGAAUUUGGAAUUCGAAAUGGGUUGUUUCGAGGAUUUUGGGCUACAGUAGCACGUGAAAUUCCAGGUUAUGCAGGAUUUUAUGGCGGGUUUGAAUUUGCUAAAAGGAAACUUACACCAGUUGGGAGUAAUCCUGAUAAUCUACCACCUACGACGUUAAUGUUAGCAGGAUCUUUUGGAGGGAUAUGUUAUUGGUCAUUUUGUUACCCUUUGGACGUGAUUAAAUCUAAGGUUCAAAAUCAGAAUAGUCCUCCUAAAGGAAUUUUUUAUGUAUUUACCACUUUCAAAUCGAUAUAUAAGAGUGAAGGUGCUACAGCAUUUCUGAGAGGUAUUACACCUACAAGUUGA